UCUUCACACAAAAACAACAGAGAGAACUUCAGGUUUGAAACUCGAGUGUACAAAAAAAAAAGACUUAGUUCAGAAAAAAAAAACGUACAUCAAUGGCGUCGAAUCUGAACCGCUGUGACAGCGUGGAAGAAGAUUACAUCGACAUGGAAGUGAGUUCGCUGUCGAGUCUCAUUACAGCAACUGCACAGAACAACAGCAACCAAAGAGAGUUCGAGUUCCAAAUGUCUCUGUGCUCCCUCGAGAGAGACUCGACCACUUCUCCGGCCGAUGAGCUCUUCUACAAAGGCAAACUCCUUCCUCUCCACCUCCCUCCACGCCUCCAGAUGGUCGAGAAGCUUCUGGAAACCGCUAAAGAUUUCUCCUUUGACGAAUUUUACGGCACCCCUUUGGCCACUUGUACUGUCCCGUCCCCGACAACGAGCAAUACUCCGUUCGAGUCCUGCAAUGUUUCGCCCGUGGAGUCUUGCCAGGUGAGCAGAGAGCUGAACCCAUCAGAGUAUUUCUCGGAGGUUUUCUCCGAUUUCAGUGAAUCCGCGGUGGACAAUACGACGAAGAAGUCGUGGAGCAGGAAGCUGAAGCUGAUCAAACAGUCUUCUCUCGGGUCGAAGCUUAAGGCUUCCAAAGCAUAUCUAAGGGCUUUGUUCGGUAAAUCAGGUUGCUCGGAUGAAUCUUGCACUUACGCUGCGAGGGUUGCGGAUGAAGGGUCGGCUUCAAAGGCAGAUUAUAGGCAGCGGUUGAACAAUAAGUACGCGAAGAUGGAAUCUUCUCGGAUCCCUUUCGGACAAAUCCAGAAAGAGAAUCGAAAAACGCAGAACAGCGUAUCUGGAAGCCAUAGGAGAUCCUUCUCUGUCUCGAUGAGGAGGCAACUGCCAUUGAAGAGCUCGUUUAAGACAACCCCGAGCUCCAACGACUCAUCCGGGUUUCACCCCCUGCAGUUCUUGAAGAGAAGUACGAGUAUAAAUUCAGACGUUGAGAAUUCCAUUCAGGGAGCUAUCUUGCACUGCAAGCAAUCUCUGCAGCAGAAGAGCGAUGUAGGGUUUUGCUCCAUGUCGGCGACAAGGGUCGUUGCCGCCACCGAUGAUCAAGAACGGGCACAGAUCUUUCGGGGCUAAGAGACAAGACACCCAUAAACACAGAGAAGCUUGUAGGAGAGAAGGCAAAGAAAAAGGAGAAACGAAACCCUAAAAAUCCAGUUCUCUGUCGUUAUGCUUCUCUUUUUCCAUCUCCUGAGAUUCUGUAAUUUGAUUUGUGUCCAUAAAUGGAUGCUUAUGCAUCUCAGAUUUCACUCAGACAGUCGCGUUUUGGGGAUCCAACUCAAGAAAUAAUGAUCAUAAGUAUAUCUUCGGGCCCUGAAUCAUUGAUCGAUCUAAUAUGCGUGUCUGUUCUUGU